GGAGCGAAGGUUGGUGAAGAGAGCUACUCUGAGGGGCUCGCCAUGGAGGUCCUCACGAGCUCUUCUGCUGCUUCUGUUUCUCCCCGUUUUCGCUUCUCUAUCCCCAACAGAACCUCCUGUUCCGGUUUUCAGUUCAAGCUCGGCACCGAUUCUCAGCAAUGGAAAUCUUUGUCUGUAAGGACCAUGGAAGCUCAAUUAUGGAGUCCAGUAUUGUGUAUAACAACAAGUAUCAACAUGUCUGGAAGUUGCAUCUGCUCUACACUUUCCAAGCGGAGGUUCUUGCUUUCUAGAUUUUCAUCCAAGUACCGUUGGUUUUCUGUGAGUUAUGGAUUAUGUCUUAAAUCCAAGAAACAUAGAGGCAGUUCUCAAAGCCAAAAGGUGAUGAAUUGUUCAGAAAGGAUUAGACAGCAUGUAUCUGUUGUUUUUGUUGGCUUCUUUACAACUAUGCUGCUUGUUACUUCAGUAUCUCUUGCAGUUAGCAACAUGCCCUCUUGGGCUCUAUCUGAAGAGAAUCUCCUAUUCUUAGAGGCAUGGCGGACAAUAGACCGUGCAUAUGUUGACAAAUCUUUCAAUGGACAAAGUUGGUUUCGGUACAGAGAAGAUGCACUACGAAAUGAACCAAUGAACACACGAGAAGAGACAUACGUGGCCAUAAGAAAGAUGCUUGCUACACUAGAUGAUCCUUUCACUCGGUUUCUAGAGCCUGAGAAAUUUAAGAGUUUGCGGUCUGGAACUCAAGGGGCUCUUACUGGUGUUGGGCUUUCAAUAGGUUAUCCUGUGGGAUCUGAAGGAUCAGCUGCUGGACUUCUUGUCAUUUCAGCAGCUGCAGGAGGUCCUGCAGAUAAGGCUGGCAUCUUAUCUGGGGAUGUUAUCUUGGAAAUAGAUGAUAAGAGUACAGAAGGCAUGGGUAUAUAUGAUGCAGCAGAGAGAUUGCAGGGACCUGAGGGAAGUUCAGUGGAGAUAACAAUUCGCAGUGGACCUGAAGUAAAGCACCUAGCUUUGAUGCGAGAGAAAGUAUCGUUGAAUCCUGUUAAGUCAAGACUAUGUGAGAUUCCUGGCAAAGGGAAGGACUUCCCCAGAAUUGGUUAUAUCAAGCUAACAUCCUUUAAUCAAAAUGCUUCUACUGCCGUCCGGGGAGCAAUUGAUACAUUAAGGAAUAAUGGUGUAAAUGCCUUCAUCUUAGACCUUCGAGAUAAUAGUGGUGGUCUGUUCCCAGAAGGAGUUGAGAUUGCCAAGAUGUGGUUGGACAAGGGAGUGAUUGUGUACAUUUGUGAUAGCCGUGGUGUUCGAGACAUUUAUGACACAGAUGGAAGCACUGCAAUUGCAACUUCAGAACCCCUCGCCGUGCUGGUAAACAAGGGAACUGCAAGUGCCAGUGAAAUAUUGGCAGGCGCACUGAAAGACAAUAAGCGUGCUGUGUUAUUUGGAGAACCAACAUAUGGAAAAGGCAAGAUUCAGUCAGUUUUUAGGUUAUCAGACGGCUCUGGCUUAGUAGUCACGGUUGCUCGUUAUGAGACACCUGCUCAUAAUGAUAUUGACAAGAUUGGUGUAAUUCCAGACCAUCCUUUACCAACAUCAUUUCCAAAGGAUGAGGAAGGCUUUUGUGGCUGCCUAAAGGACCCUGCAUCUGCUUGCUACCUCAAGGGAGGCCAGCUAUUUUCUGGAUAACAGUUUCAGUGUGCAGUUAACAACAUUAUGUUGAAGACGACCCAAUUGUUUCUCUGAUUGACAUUUUUUGUGGUAGUUUAUUUCUUUUUUCGUUUUCAAUUGUAAGAUUUAUUUGAUUUCAUUAACCAUGAUAAUCAAUUGAAAAGAUUUUA